GGAGCCGCCGCAUCCCCGCCCGGGACGGCCCCGGCCGAGCCGCAGCCGCUGCUGCAUCCCGUCCCCGUUCCCGCCCCGGCUGCACCAUGUCUGCGGGCGGCGACUUCGGCAACCCGCUGCGGAAAUUCAAGCUGGUGUUUCUGGGCGAGCAGAGCGUUGGGAAGACAUCCCUGAUCACAAGGUUCAUGUAUGACAGUUUUGACAACACGUAUCAGGCUACAAUCGGAAUCGACUUCUUAUCAAAAACCAUGUACUUGGAAGAUCGGACAGUACGAUUGCAGCUCUGGGACACAGCAGGCCAGGAGAGGUUCCGAAGCUUGAUCCCCAGCUACAUCCGAGACUCCACAGUGGCUGUGGUGGUCUACGAUAUCACCAAUCUCAACUCCUUCCAGCAGACAUCCAAAUGGAUUGAUGAUGUCAGGACAGAAAGAGGAAGUGAUGUCAUCAUCAUGCUCGUGGGCAACAAGACAGACCUUGCAGACAAGAGGCAGAUAACAAUUGAAGAAGGAGAACAGCGAGCCAAAGAACUGAGCGUCAUGUUUAUCGAGACCAGUGCAAAAACAGGAUACAAUGUAAAACAGCUGUUCCGACGUGUCGCGUCAGCUCUGCCAGGGAUGGAGAGUGUUCAAGAGAAGAGCAAAGAAGGAAUGAUUGACAUCAAGUUGGACAAACCACAAGAUCCUCCAGCCAGUGAAGGCGGGUGUUCUUGCUAAUACAGAGCGCAGAAUUGGUCAGCUUCAUUUGACACCACACGCUUGUUGUGUUGCUUCCUAUUGGUUAGCUUCCUAAAGAAAAACAAAUUGAGUUAUCAGAUGGAGGAGGAUUUUUUUUCUCUGUCUCUGGGGAGGGGGGUGGGUGGGAACAUUCAGAUCACAUCACUUUUAACCACUGUUACUUAAACUUAAUUUUUUUCUUUUUUUCAGUUGUAAUAUAUUGUACUUUAUUAAAAUUGCCAAAAGAAAUGUUCAAAACAUAAAGAGGAAAGUUUAAAUCACAUGUAUACAAUUUUUUGCCAGGUGAAAUGUAGUAACGUGGGAGGUUUUUUUUUUUAAGAAGUUUGGGCUUCUGUUUUUGUAUAUUUGUAAACUUACAGAAAAAGCCCCUUCCCAAAUAAUAGAGUCUGAUUAGUUUCAACAUUUGGCAUCCAACGUGGGACGUUGCGUGUAGUAAACUAGUCCCUGAUUGAUUAAACAAGAUGCUAACUAUACAGUAACAGAUUUGAUGAUAGAACAACAAAGCAUGCUGCAAAUAAAACAAGUGUGUGAUGCAAUAUCUCUAUCUAUAUAUCCAUAUAUCCAUAUAUAGAUUUGAAGAGAUAUAAACGGGGAAAUCAAUGAUAGUGGGCAGUAUAAUACACUUAGUUUCAUGCAUUAGGGGUAACUAUACAACUCCCAAAUGGUGAGACAGAGUGUAUGGACAUCUCACUAGUAUGUAUUGCACAGUAUUAUACCAUACCAGAGGGGUAUCUGCAGAACUACUACUACAGGAAUACAGUACAUGUUUUUAAGACUCUUCCGUUGCUAAUGUUGUAUGGUAUAGUUCUUGAAGUAUCAUUUGGUGGUGGUAUUUAUCUCACUGGUAUAGUAUAAAGUAUAAUACACACACACACACACACACACACACACACACAUACAUGCAUACACUAUAGUGUAUAUAUGAAACACAACAUUGCUGUCACUUUAAAAAUAUGGCUGGCCCAUGGGAUGAUGUGAUAGCCUCCAUUCUCUGCAGGGCCUACUGCUGUUAACAGCAGUCGCCAUUUGGCAUUUGCCAUCGAGUCAGAGCCAGCAAACAUUUGCUACUUUUAAAAAUAAAUCCUUUAUAAUAGGCUAGCACCUAUCUGAGCAUGGGUGCAUUUGGACAUCUUUCUGUGCUGGGGAGGAUUUUAUUUUUAAAGGUCUCAAAUGAUGGUUAGAAACAAGCUCCAACCCAAAAUGAUGGCCAGUGGUUGGAUCACUGUAAAACCAUAAAGCUUCUGUAGUGGGGACACCACACUUUUCAGCUGACUGUAUGAUACAUGAUGGUUGAUCUUCAUUAUGGAACUAGUCUGCAUAUGUGAAGGAAAUAAGGUGGUGGAUGAAUGAGGACUCGUGUGUCCUGAAAAGGGAAAGUGAUUUUGGUAACAAAGACCAGAUGGAUCAUGCAUUUCAUUUUGGUCCAGAUGUGGGCAUGUGUGUGUGCGUGCAUGUUUUAUGACACUAUAAAACAUACAUUUAUACACACCUGCACAUGGUGUAGAUUUUUGGUUCUCCCACUGUCAUGACAUGAAACUGCUUUAGACAACAGUUGUGGAAAAUGAAAAAUUGCUGCAAUGUGUGGAAAUAGGAGGUUCUCGUUAUUGUCGAAUAAUUUGUGAUUUGUUGUCAUCAAUAAAAAUAACACAUAGGUGUGUGUUAAACUAGAAAAAAGUGCACAUGGAAAUAUCUCCACAUCCAAUUCAUAUGUGUAUGUGAGUGUGUGUAGACACAUGCUCGGUGUACAUACACGCAUACAACAAAAGUGGUUGUUGAGAGAUUGCCUGUUACCUCACAGUAAUUUAAAACCAAUUCAGUGUCACCUGGGUUACAGUGUAUUGUCUUAUUUGUAGUACAGUACUCAGCCUGAGUGACAGGAUACUUUGCAGUGAUCUCCACUGUGUGUUAACUUAAUGAAUGUACUGAUUUUUGCAUUAAUGAAGUAGCUUUUCUUUUGUGACAUUCCUGUAGAAAACUAAAACCCACAUGUACACACACUUGCGGGCGCACAACCUGGAGAACUUGUCGCCUUUAUUUUCAAUCAGUAGCCUUAGAGAAGUGAUAGCCACACUUCAGUAUAAGAUUCACAUGUCUCCAUGUGGCCUGCAGACAGACCUGAACAUGAGGUGUUUGUAUAAUUUCCUUUCCCUCCUCCACCUCUUCCCACGUUGCUUGCUUGAGUGAUUGUCCUCCUUGGAUACAAGCCUGUUUUCUUGCCUUGCCCUUCUUCUGCUCUCCCUGUUGUAUCACUUCCCAAAGCAGGGCUCUCUCAUCCCAUAAGCUUUAUUUUUCCUCCACCUCAUGCCAUGUCUCAUUCCUCUUGUAAUAACCAAAUCUUCCUUGUUGCCAUUGUACUUCCCAGUCCACUCCAUCUUCUGUCCUUAUUCAGAACAGAGUCUUGUAUUAGCACGUCCACAGGUCUGACGCUAUUUGAGGCCGAUUCGGUAUUUGUAUGUAAGAGGGCAAGUUGCAUGGGACCUUAUUAAAGUAGAAGGACACUAGACACUUUAGGAUGCCCUGUUGCAAAAUGGGAAAUCCGAGGGGCGAAUCUGAUCUAAUGACAAGCUCUGGGAUUUUACUUGUCUAGCAUCUCUAGAACAUCAGAGAGCACUUGGCAAACAGAUGAAAUAGAAAAAAAAAGCUUUAGAGAAAAUCAAUGCUAACCAAAUCCUGUUUAAGAGGUUGUCUAAAUCUAAUUAGCAACUCAUCCUUUUUGGCUAUUCAUCUCAGUGCCAAGAGGAAAAAAGUAUGCAUUUCAUCCCAGAGAAGCGAUCAUAGACCAACAUUUUUCAGCCUAAUUAGUAUGACCCCUGGAAGAAAGGCUAAGGUCAGGAUUGGCUCCAAGAUUUCAUGCUUCAGAAACAAGAGAAAAUAACCACCACCAGAGGAAGCAAGUUGGGUGGAGAGACAGAACCUGCCUUGGUGGAUCCCACAAAGAACAGAAUUUCCUUGUCAAUCUUCCUGAGUCUUAGUGUCAGAAUGAAGACUAUGCGAGGCGAUGCAGAGGAGUGGAUGACUGUAGAAACUUAUCCUGUCACUGCAACCCCAAGUCACUGGUCCCUCCUAUGGAUCUUCUGAAUGGCAGCAAUGAGCCAUUGCACUGAAUCACAGUCACGGUGCUUUAAGGGUUUGGAUCGCACUGGCAGGUGCGGGUUCCAGGUGGAGCAGACCCCUGAACAGACCCUUUGGCAGCAGAGAACAAAGGCGACAGGCACAACAGAGGGCUGACUCCUGCCUUGCCCGUCAGGGGCCUAUGAGGUACAAGGCAUAGCUUGCAAAGGAGCAGAAACCCCACCAGGAAGCCUGUCCCAUUCUUGGAGCUCUGAUAUGUUCCCCCCUCCCUUAUCCCCCAUCUCAGGAAUAAAGGAGAAUGUGGCACCAACUGAGAAGAAGUUGGGGACACUCCUAUCCUACCAGGCAAAUACAGGCCUCUCACUGAAUCCAAUGGGGGAGAGGCAGAAAACAAGAAACCCUCCGCUCCCAAAGGAAGAAGACGACAAGGUGCCCACCUGAUCUACUCCUAUCAGAGAGGAGAGGAAGAGAGCAGUCCCUCUGUGGCUUAAACAGGAAGACAAAAAAAUAAAAAAUAAAGGAGACAACUUGGGAAGAAAGAAGAUCAGAAGGGGAAAGAAAGAGUUGAGACAGAAGAGAAAAAAACAACCAAGAUCAAUAUACAAGGCAGGAAACUGAGAAGAUAGAAAUAGAGGAAAGAGACCUGACUCAUCAGGAAGAGAGGCAGAAUCAGAAGAGAGGAGCUCCAGAGACAUGCCCUGGUGACGGUUGUGUUGGGAAGGCCAAAGAGCACUAGGCCAGUGGAGGAGAGGGAAGAAAACAAAGGAAACCUUUGCAGAUGUAUUGAAAAUUGAUAAGUUAAAGGAAAGAAAGAAAAAAUAACAGCUUGAUGUGAAACGUUACAGUAGAAUACACACAAAUGUUCAUUGUUCUCGAUUAGGAGACAGGACCGUUUAGGGACUGAGAAAUAAGAUUGCUGAUGGAUGGUGUGCAUGAGGAGCCCAAGGGCCUAACAGUGGCCUUCAUGGGGGUAGAUGUUAAUCUGCCUUCCUAAGGGAAAUGGAACGUGUUUGAAACAAAACAUGACUUAGCGUGGCUUCGCAACAACAGUGCUGAAUACUAUAAUGCUUAUACCUCUUUUGCAAGUGUCCUAUUGGAAAAGUGCAAAUAAGUUGGAGGCCCUAUAGCUUUGAUUCACAUGGGCCCCGUCCUGCCCCAGAUCUAGGUGGCUUUUUUGUACAUCUGACACCAGAAACCAGAGUCACUAAUAACUUACUGACCCAAAUGGCCAUGUCAAUCUAGACUAAAGUAGAAAUCAAACCUACCCUCCUGACCCACCUUCCCCACCCCCGCCACCAGGGAAAUCUUUGAAAUAAAAUAUAUAACAACAGAAUAGUGUCCACUGUAACUAUCUGCAUUUGUUUGGACUGACAAGGCAUAAAUUAUGCAAGUCCAUACCAGAUAGAUUAAUCAAUGCAGAAAGAAAUCUCUUGUUCCCAAUGUUGUCAUGUCCCAUGUGAGCGUGCAACUGAAACACAAAAUCUGAGACCUGCAGAUAUAUCUUACAGAAGACACUCAGGCUUUUAGAGGUAGGAGAAAACCCAAGAACUCACUGAGGAUGUCAAAUAGGAAAGGUGCCAAAGGCACUGGGUGGUUACCUUCUCAGUGCAACCUGUUAAUGGGGAUAUAGAUAUGGUAGUUAAAGAAGUUUUCCUAGAGAGCAUAGAUUCCUUUUUAACCUUGUACCACCUUAAAAUAAUACAGCAGUUUACCUUGAAGCAGGGUAGAGAACAGGUCAGCAAUAGACAGCUGUCAGGAGACUCAAACAAUGCUGGAUCAAUUGACUGGACCACAAAUCAAGUGAUGAAACCUUUUUCCAAAGAACCUUGAGAGCCUACUGAACAGCAUGCUGGAAAACUAGGAAGAAACCAGCCAGAAUGGACAUACACAUAUAUGAGGGUGUCUUGAUAACUAGAAAAAAAAAAGGAGGAGCGAUGAAAGACAGCAUGCCACCCAAGCAGGUUUGUUCUUCACAGCAAAAGCCAGGAGAUGGAGCUUGCUAAUUUCUGAAGAUGCAGGUUUGCUGAUACAAGAUCUCUUUUAGAGGUGAAAUGGAUCAUCAGUAACCCUAAGCAUAAGCAAGACCUUUUUUGCCUUACUUCAGCUUUAAAAAGCUUGUAAUAAAAAUUCCGCCUUGCUGUACUCAGAACUUCCUGAUAAUAACUAUGUUGAUUAAGGCGUUAUACCAGAUAGAGAGCAAACCUAAGGCCAUUCCACCAAUACUAUGGUCAGCAAUCAACCACUGUCCCUCAUCUUCCUAAGCAGACUUGUGCUGUGAUAGCACUGGGUGGCAAAAGUCAGACGACUUGUCCCCAAGGAACAGUUUGAUCAACCAGAUAGUGCCCAUGUAGAGCUGUGGAAUCAUGGCGGCUUUACCCGUGAACGGCGUUAGCAUUCUGGAGGUCAUUCUGGUGACAGUCUGGACUGAUCUAAGGAGGGCAAGGCAGGGACAUAAGCAUUGCUGACUAGGUAACCACAAUGAGAAAAGGUAGCCGUGAUGUGAGGAAGAGAAAGAGACUGCCCAGUACUGAGAAUAAAGCAAUGAACAGAGAGAUGUGAAGUUGGCAGUAGAGGCAGCCAAAGGAAUGAGUAAAUCUGGAGUGUUUACUUGUAAGCAUUGACAUGCUGAGUUAAACCAACUGUGAUUGCUAGGGUCGCCAUGAGAUAACGUAGCAGGAGCAAUCAUGUCAUACUUGAGUUCUUAAAAACCUGUGGGGAUGCAGGGAGAGAGUCUAAACAAAAAAACAAAUGGGACAGUAGACAAAAAGAGGAUUUAUUAACAGACAGAUGUGACAGAUGUGCAAAGUCAAAAACAGUGAUAGCUCUCCUUCCUAGCCCAUCUAGGUAGAUGAGGGCACAUGGGCAAUAGACACCCAGUUGGAAAAGAAGGCUGAUGCCCACUGAGCUAACCGAACUUUGAUAACCCUGACCAGAAGCUAAGCAUGGAGGAUAUGCACUCUUAUAUAUCACCAGUCUUGCCCCUAUGAGCAGCGGGGCUGGAUCUGAUGAUCUUGUGAUCUUCCAGCCCCUAACAUCUAUGAAUCUAUUAAAACUGUUCUAAAAAGAUGCUGCAGAGCCGAAAGUCUCCAGAAAAUAACACAGCAGAGCACUUUGGGAACAUGAAGGGAACUCCCUCCUGCCCUCCCCCCCCCCCCCAACCGCUGCAGAAUAACCCACACAGCUGCUAUCUAAAGUCCCACAAAAAGGAGUGGAACCCAGUUGUCUCCACUGUCUCAAAAAAACUGACUGGUGACAGGAUACCACGUAUUUAACUCAAUAGCAAUUGGAAGGAGAGGGAAGAGAGACUGGGGGAGAAGCAAGGAACAAGCUGUAGGAUGAGUUUCCAGACUAAAGCCCUGGCCAGGCUGUCACCAUCAAGGAUUAGAAGCCCACUGUCCAGCCAUACCUGCUCCGCAGAGGGAGAAACAGGAGAGGAAGCCAUAACCACUUCACAUGGCUUCAGUGGACACAGUCCCAUGGCCCAGACGCUAAGGACAAGAGGACAACAUCGCACCCCAUGCCUGAACACCUUGCUGCAGUUCUCCACCACUUGGUGCUCGCUCCGUGCCUAUACAACCCUGACUCGCUCCCGCUGCAGAAGGUCAUAGGUGUCAACUCGGAAGGCAACCCGCAUCCUUCUCAUUCAGCACUGAACCGAUCACACAGCCUCAAGUCAAAGGGCUCCAUGCUGCUGGAGGUGUCAUCUUCCACAUGAGAGGAUCCAGGACACUUCUGAGUAUUUAAAGAAAAUAAAACUUUUUUGCAACAGGAGAGGUAUUAGUGCCAGCCAGAUUUUUCUAACAAGGGAAAUUACAUGCUACCUAUAUUCUCCCAACUGUUUCAACUGUAUAUUGAUAGCAUUCACCACUUCAUGUACCAUCCCGUUGUGUCGUAUUCGUGUGUGUGCUAUUAACCAGCUGCUACAUUCCAACCCAGCAGUGGCUGCAUUUCAGCAGUGGGUGAAGUGAUUCCUAUAUGUACUGUAUAUAGCUGUGUAUCACUUUGAGGGGUGGAAGGCGAUGCAGAAAUGUCAUAUUAUCAACUCCACCAAACCAGCCCAAUGAGCCAACAGUAUCAGGGUUCUCUGCAGCUACUCAACACCAGGAGGACAAAAUUCACUGAUUUCUCAUCUCGAGCUGCAGCCCUUUAAAGAGCUGCAGCUAGAUGGCAAGCAGCCGCUUGGAUAAAUUCGAUCCGCUGUUUGGGGUCUUCAGAAAACAAACCAAUAAGCACAGGAGAUAAAACAAACAGCCAGGGUGGUGGGCCAAAUGAAACGUGUGUAAAACUGAAAUCCAAACCAACACACAAGGGGAAAACAUCAAUAAAGCCAAUGGAAAAUUGACAAGAGAGAGCUACAGCUGAGCUUUUUCUGCCUGGCAAAAGUCAUGCAGGAAGCUGAACAGACACCAUCUUGUUUCAGCCAAAAAAGCUUCCAACAUAUGUGGCCAAAAUGAGAGUUUUCCUCAUUUAUGGGACCCAAUAGCAUCAUGGGUUGUCUGUUGAGUAGCCCCUUCUCCAUCCUCGCCUGUCACUUGCCCUUCUCAUCCUCCCUUUCUCUUCCUCUUUACUCCAACUCCUCAUUUAUCACACUGCUGGCUGUAGGCAGCUCUCAUCUUGGCAUUUCAGUUUCUCAUUGGCUCAGAGGGUACAGACUGCCGUGUUCACUUCCCAUAAACCUGUGUAUAAAAGACUUAGCAUGUUAGUCAAACCAACAAUAAACUGUCUUAUUCUCAAA